GGUUUUGGCGUCAAGGUCACUUUGAUAAUUAUUCAGUAAUUACUCCUGUAGAUCAUGAGGGUUUUGGGCUCAGAUAAAGUUCAAUUCAGGAAUUUAAUAAGAAAGUGAUUUUAAUUAUCAGUAGCAGUUUGAAGAAAAAUAAAAAAAAAUAAAUAUCAAAUAUUCUUGUAAUUAUGAAUGAUGGCUGAUGUUUCUUGAUUAAAAAAAAAGAAAAGAAAGAAAGUUAAUUAGAUUCUUUGCUCUUGGAUGCUCUGCUCCAGUAGGGGUUUUACUUCUAUGACAUUCUGUACAUGUGCAACAUGACCUGCAGUGAUAUUUGGGAUGAGUUUUUUGUUUGAUUCGCCCAUGUUUUUAUAUCCGGUGUACUUUGCUAGAUGAUCAUAAUUAAAUUUAAAAAAAAACAUUUUAGCCAGACACUACAGUGAUGUUGGUAGGUAACAACAUGGCUCAGAAUAGAGUGGAUGUGCAAAGGACUUAAUUGAUCCUGAAAUGUACCGAUUUUGAUGCUGUCUUAAGUCACUAAAAUGGGCGGAAACAAAUGAUCUUGUAGAUGACAAGAGAAAGGAGACUGCUCUGUUCUGCUCGUUACUGCUGUGUUGUCUGAGAAGCAGGGAGGUAUUUUAGACAUGUCAUUUGAAUGACACAGACCUAGCUGACCUUGACUAAUGUCAUGCUAACUGAUAUUGUACUGCAGGAACUCUCUGACAAAGGUCAUACUAGAAGUAACACAAGUGGAAUGAUAAUAGGUCUCUGUAUUAUCUCCAUUUGAUAUCCUUUAGUUGAAAAGCUUUGGCACAUUGUUUAUCUCUGAAAGGAGUUACAUGAAAAACGCAGUUAGAAUCAAUUAAACAAUAUGUUUCGAGCCAGUAUUUGAGCUUCUGACCCACCAGCCCUUUUUUAUAAAGCAUGAAAGGUCUUUUAUCUUUUGUUAUGCAUGUUAUAAAUGCAGCCUUGUUAAAAAUCCAACCAGUGAACGGAAAAUUACUUAGAGUUCGACAGAAGCAGAGCAAACAAAAGAGCAAAGGCACUAAAUUUCCACAAUGCUGUGAAUCUUGCUGGCCAAAGAGUGUGGAAGGUCAUUUAGAGGUGACAUUGAGGUUGCUGAAAAGUAGCUUUGCAUGACGUCUCUCUUUACACGCUAUAUACAGGAUUUUUGAAACAUAAUUUGACACACAGAGCUAGUUACUGUCAAAAGAACAACAAUAUAAGCAGUAUAAUGAGGUCACUCUUUUUACAUUUUGUUCAAAAAAUGUGUUGGAGAACAGACUGUUGGCCUUUGUUGGUCUGUAGUGACCUCCAAAAAAACAAUAAAAUAACUAUAGAAAGACCAGAUCCAGCUUCGUAAUAACACUUGUGUAUGUAUGUGCUUUGAAUAAAUAUUAUUUAAGUCAUAAAUCUUAUUCACAUCUCUAUAAAGCAGUUCUUUCUCUGUGUGAAUGCUGCAUAGAACUUUACAAAGUCAGUAAUAACUUCAACUAGUCAUAUAAAGGUUCAGGAAAUGUUAUACUGUAAAGCACAUGACAGUGUUCGGCCGUGUGCAACGAAGAGUUCUGCAGUUGACUGUACGUUGAAGAAAAGACCUGCUGGGUUUCGCCCCAUAACAAAAAAUGAUCCGCUGUUUACUCUCCAAACACCCAGAAUGCAUCCCUGCUGACGAGACUCUGACCUCUCGCACCACAAGGACGUUCUUCCUGAGGAGAGGCCGAACAGCGUUGACGAUGGGAAAUCUCACACUUGUGGCUUUGAUAGCAGUGCUGUUCAGCUUUUUCACGGAAACUGAAGCAAAUCCAUUUGUUUACAACUAUGAAAGGCUACGAAUUGGAGGCCUGAUCUGUGCCUGCUUGUUGGUGGCCGGAGGAGUCAGCGUUAUACUUUAUAACCGGUGCAGCAGGAAGAACAAAGCAGAAGAUGACAACAGUGAAAUCUGAUAUCGUGCCUGACAAACCGGUUUCGGCCAGGAAGAAGAGCUGACAGGCAAGGGGUGGAGGAAUUGGGAGAAAUGUGGGGGGGUUGAGAGGAAACACACCUGCUCAGGUGAUUAUACCUGUACAGACCUGUGCAAAGAAACAGCAUUGAUUUUAUUCAAAAGAUGAAGUGUUGUGGAAAUUUGGCAUCAUCUGGCAGCAAUGAAAUGAAAUAAAUGAAACCCCCCACAUAAUUUCUUCUUGUUUUCAAACGCAUUUAGUUUAUCCAGAUCUGCACUGUUCGGCAAACGAAGCUAAUUUCAACAAAGAUGUCCCUGCCUGUAAAUACACAUGGAGCUGCACAACGUAUUUAGUCUGUCUGAGAUAUGCUGCUUAGUUUAGUCUUUGCUGUAAUGUUGCAUUUACCUAUUGAGAUGGUCCAUUAGGGAUAUAUUAGAAUUUUCACCUGGUGUUCAUCACAUGCUUUGCUGUAUGAUUAGCUGUUAAAUUAGAAGAAUUAGGAAAAAACACUCUGCUAAAUAACAAAAAUUCAAAUAAAUGUCACUAUGCUUGAAAAAAAAA